UCGUAGCUAUAUCCCUUCAGCACAAUUGUACGCAAAGGGCAUUGACGGAUGCGCCGGUUCGCUGGACGCUCAUCUUUCCCCUCUCCAUGUACGCCGCUUAGCGCGGACGUUGCUGGUUGUGCUGAAAAGUACGCGGCAUGCACCGACUGCUGUGUGCCAGGGUUUCAAUGCCGCACCGCCGCUGAUCGAAAUACACCAUGCAUUCCAACCGUACAUCUCCGCACUGCCGCGCAUAACAGCCCACGACCGUUCGUUUCGCUGAUGCAGCGCCAACUUUGCCCCUCGUCAUGGAAGAGGGUAAGAGUUGCCGUUUGUGUGCUGCCGCGAUCCAUCUUUCAAUACAGCCCCAAGAACCCAUUCCUUUCACUUGGCGAGCCCAAAAGUAGACCAACCAGAGGCGCCGACCCAAGCAAUCCCGACAAGGGGCUGCUCGAAUUCGACCACUGCACCUACAGCGACUCGAAGCCACACACGCAUCAAGAUGACCGAGCGGUAUUCGCACUUUCAUCUUCGAAAGGGCGACAGCAACUUGGACGACGGUGAGACGUACCUUCCACGAUGGGCCGGCUG